GUUGGGGAGCUGGCUGUAAUGGCUGGCGGUAGGUGUGGUCAUGCUGAGGAGCUUAUGGUGGCGGUGUAGUGGUGCUAGGUGCAGUCCGGCCUGCUGGUGGUGUCUGCUUCUUGAAGGCUUACACAAUUUUUGUGCAUAAUCACGCAGAACUAAGUGGUGGUUGUUGUUGACAGAAGUGGAAUGAAGUUCUCUGCAGCGUGCCUUCCCAGUGUGUGAGUGCUGCCCCAGUGUCCAUGCUGUGGAUUGAUAGCAUCCUGUCGCCUCCUCUGCUACACCGCAGUGCUCCUCAUGGCCUCCCUGGCCUGACUGGAAGCACUCCCUGACCGUUUACUCCCCCUGUCAUAUACGGCAGCUAACGACAGCCUUUUGUAUGUGGGGCGUUGUUGUUUUAGUGAGAAUUGAUUAUGACAUUACAAAAGAUGUUGCAGUUGUUCUGACUGACUAAGAAUUUGUCAUCUAGAUUUCUUGUUCAAAAGUAGGUUGAUACUUUGCAGCCUCUGUGUUUCUGUGGGAUGCCUGAAGGUGCAGGAAUCUAAUAGAAUGCAGUGUGACAAGUGAAGGAAUGGGAAGGCUACCGUUCCUUUGAGUCACCUUAUCAAUGCCUUUCAUUCUCCAAAACCCUCCACUACAACUGCCAGCACGACAUCUGUACAGCCUGUCCAGAGGGAUACCACCUCAGAGCAUGAUCCUCAGAGCACUGAGUCUGUACUUAAUUUCAGAGAUCUGGGAUUGUCUGAUUUGAAACCUAACCAGUACAAAGAGCUCAUGAACAGGUUGCUUCCUGGGUACUACACAGAUAACAAAGUCUCAUCACGGUGGCAUACGUCGUACGUCUCUGCUGAGUCGUUCUUUGAAAAUAAGCAUGGUUUUGUGGACAUCUUUAGCACUUUACGUUCAUCAUGUUUGUACAGACGGCAUCCUCAUCCCCUCCAACACUUCUCUUCUGAGCUCAGGUGUUGGCCAGUCUACAUACAGUCCCGGAGCUUUAAGACGUUGCGGUCAAGAUCAAGGCGUUUGCAGUCAACCACUGAACAAUUCACCGAAACAAAGAGUUCACUUCCUUCACUUUUGAAGGGCUUUAUACUGAGAAAAAGAAGAAUUGAUGUUGAGAACUUGGAUACGUUAAUGAAAACAAAAAACAUCCCAGAAGCACACCAGGAUGCUUUUAAAACUGGUUUUGCAGAAGGCUUUUUGAAAGCACAGGUAUUCCUGCAGAAAACACUCGAUUCCUUAAGAAGAUCCCGUUUGCUUUCCUUCUUUCUCUUCGUUUUAUGUUUUUAUCUUGCUAUAUAUUCCUCAUUUUUACCUGGGAAAGGCUCCUUUUCAGAUGCCGUGCGCUUUAGGACAUCAAGUAUCUUUGAUGCAGCAGUGGAUCCAAUCCAACUGAAAAAUGUUACCUUUGAACAUGUAAAAGGGGUUGAAGAAGCUAAACAGGAAUUGCAGGAAGUUGUAGAAUUCCUGAAAAACCCACAUAAAUUUACUGUGCUGGGAGGUAAACUUCCAAAAGGUAUUCUGUUGGUUGGACCACCUGGUACUGGCAAAACUCUUCUUGCCAGAGCUGUAGCUGGUGAAGCUGAUGUGCCAUUUUAUUAUGCUUCUGGGUCAGAGUUUGAUGAGAUGUUUGUUGGUGUGGGAGCGAGUCGGAUUCGAAGCCUAUUCAGGGAAGCGAAAGCAAACGCACCAUGUGUUAUAUUUAUUGAUGAGUUGGACUCUGUUGGUGGGAAGAGAAUUGAAUCUCCAAUGCAUCCGUAUUCAAGGCAGACCAUUAAUCAACUUCUUGCUGAAAUGGAUGGCUUUAAACCUAAUGAAGGUGUUGUUAUUAUUGGUGCAACAAACUUCCCUGAAGCAUUAGAUAAUGCUUUAAUUCGUCCUGGUCGCUUUGACAUGCAAGUUACUGUUCCCAAGCCUGAUGUCAGAGGUCGUACGGAAAUUCUGAAAUGGUAUCUUAAUAAAAUCAAGUAUGAUCAAUCUGUCGAUCCAGAAAUAAUCGCGCGAGGCACAGUUGGUUUUUCUGGAGCAGAGCUUGAGAAUCUUGUAAAUCAAGCUGCCUUAAAGGCAGCCGUUGAUGGAAAAGAUAUGGUAACCAUGAAGGAGUUGGAAUUCUCCAAGGACAAAAUUCUAAUGGGGCCUGAACGCAGAAGUGUAGAAAUUGAUGAGAAAAACAAAACCAUCACUGCUUACCACGAGUCUGGACAUGCCAUCAUCGCAUACUAUACCAAGGAUGCAAUGCCGAUCAACAAGGCUACCAUCAUGACACGAGGAACAACCCUGGGGCACGUGUCUUUGCUCCCAGAAAAUGACAGAUGGAGUGAAACUAGAUCCCAGUUACUUGCACAGAUGGACGUCUGCAUGGGAGGAAGAGCAGCGGAAGAGCUCAUAUUUGGAAGUGAUCACAUCACAACAGGUGCUUCCAGUGAUUUUGACAACGCUACUAAAAUUGCAAAACUGAUGGUGACUAGAUUUGGAAUGAGUGAGAAGCUUGGUGUUAUGACCUAUACUGACACUGGUAAAGUUAGCCCUGAAACUCAAUCUGCAAUUGAACAAGAAGUAAGAACACUUCUACGGGACUCAUACGAGCGAGCAAAGAACAUCUUGAAGACUCAUGCAAAAGAACACAAGAAUUUAGCAGAAGCUCUCUUGAAAUACGAGACUUUGGAUGCCAAAGAAAUCCAAAUUGUUCUAGAGGGAAAAAAACUAGAAGUAAGAUGAUAACUUCUGGGAUACAGUUGCUGAUAAUCUGAAGAAUGUACAUCUAGCAGUGCCGUAGUCUACGCAGCGUAGCUUUUUUCCCUUUCUGAUGUGUGUAUGGCAUUAGUGACAUGUUAAGAUUAAUUCUGUUUCUUGUGAGCUUCUGUUAUUUAUCUGUUCGUUGUGUCUCAUUGGAUUAAGACACAAGAAUAAAAAAUGUUCUUCAUCUUCUGCUCUUUCCACAAGAAGUUAUUCAGAAAGACAAAUCUCAGGGUUGAAUUCAGUGUUGUGGUUUAGUCAGUCAUGUUGAAGCUGAGAAGAAAAAUGUGCAGAUGUACUGUGGUGUGUUUUGGCAUCGCUUCCUGAGUCAUGCCGCUACGCGUGCGUUUGAAGUGAUACCCCAUAAUAUAUACUGCAGAGUUUUUUAUGGGUAGUGGCAAACUGACAUGUAAAACAGUAUGCAGUCUAAUGCUCAUACUCUGGAGAUAGAGAUCACUUUUAAAGAAGGUAUAUUUGGAAAUGCAACAAAGCACAUGUAUGAAUGAAGCAGCUACAGAACGCAUCUCUAAGGAGAAUUAUGAGAGCACCAUGUAAAACAAAAAUUACUGAUUUACCUUCUCAGUGUUCUUGGAGUUAAAAUACACACAUACAGAGCUGGGAGAGAGAUUUUAACGCAAACACCAGUAACGGGCUAAACAUGUCUCAUCUCUUUGGACCGUGUUUUGGGCAGAACCAUGGCAGGGAUAAGAGAAAUACCUGUGACCUCUGAUGUGCUGCUGACAAGACUCCUAAUUUGUUUUAUUACUGCAGUAGAUGGAUGUGAUUUGAUAAGUGCUUUUAUACUGCUGGAGAUCCUAUAUAAUUAGUUUGUGCUAAUGCUAUGUAUAGGCAUUUGAUAAUCCAACAAAGAAUUUCUUCAAAGAGGACAAUAUUGCUAAAAAGUAGUUCAGAAAAUGUUUGAAGCAUCUGUUUCAAAUAACAUUCCCAAUCCUGUUCAGUACAACUAGGAAAGCUGGUUUUUUGUUGUGGGUUUUUCUUUUUUACCUCCUCCUCUUCACCCAACUUUUCUAGAAGCUCCUGGAAAUUCUGGGCUCUUAAGAAAAAUCAGUUUCCAACCAAGUAGAAGUGAUUGCUAGCAAUUAUAUGCCAGUAUUCUGCUGAUCUCAUGGAACUGGUUUUUAGGAAUAACACAGCUUUAUUAUAAUCUUCUGCACAAAUAAUGGUAGACUCCUGGGACUGCAAACUUCUGGUGCAGAGAAGGCCUUCAUUAUUGUGUUAAUGUUGAAGGUUUGACGUGGUUGGAGAUGAAGAUAGUUGGGUUGGUGCCGAUGAAUGUGAAUGACAAUUGAUAACCACAUUUAAAGCUAACGUUAAAUUGCUUUAGAAUUUUCUGAGUGUAAUACCUGGUUUUGUUCUUUUUUCCAGUAAGAUCACAUGCAUUCUUUUUUUCUUCUGAAACUAGGAUUACUUUCUAUUUGCUUAUUUUUCCAUUGUCAGCUAUUAUAGUGACAUCCCAGCAUGGGAGAACUUGAAAAUGUUAAAAAAUAUAUAUAUACCAAAUGCCUAGGCUGACUAGUUACAGUUGUACAUGUAUUUUAGAAAUAUGGCAAUGGAAACAGAAAUAUACUGCAUAUUUGCAUCUGUUUUUGGAAUAAUAAAGGUUCAAUUUAAUUACGGA